UCCGCAGCGCGCGCAAGCUGCUUCAUCGACUGUGGGGACUGACGGAGGCUGGCUGUGGGUCUUGUGCGAGGCGCCGCUGUCACGGCUACUCGUGGUUCGCUGAGAAAUUAAGCGUUUCCACUCAGUAAGUGUGUGGGAUGUGACAAGAGGAGUCUUUUGUGGUUCAACCAGCUGUAUAAUGAAUUCCAGCAUGAAGCAGAAACAAGAAGUAAUUAAAGAGAAUGUAAAGAAUAGUCCUGUCCCAAGAAGAACUCUGAAGAUGAUUCAGCCUUCUGUAGCUGGAUCUCUUGUUGGGAGAGAAAAUGAGUUGGCCAAAGGCUUAUCCAAAAGGAAACGUUGGAAUGACCAGUCAACAUCUAAGACUUUCGGCUCUGAAGUUGUUAUUGUCCCAGAAUGUAGUGAAAAUAAAAAUCUUGAAGGAGUCACUAAAGAAGCAUUUGAUCUUAUGGUUAAAGAAAAUCCAUCCUCUCAAUAUUGGAAAGAAGUGGCAGAAAAACGGAGGAAGGCUCUCUAUGAAGCGCUUAAGGAAAAUGAGAAACUUCAUAAAGAAAUUGAACAGAAGGACAAUGAAAUUGCCCGCCUGAAAAAGGAGAAUAAAGAAUUAGCAGAAGUAGCGGAACACGUACAGUAUAUGGCAGAGGUAAUAGAGAGACUAAGUGAUGAACCUCUGGAUAGCUUUGAAUCACCGGAUAGUCAGGAAUUUGAUUCUGAGGAAGAAACUGGUGAGGAUUCUGAAGUGGAAGACUCAGAAAUUGGCACAUAUGCUGAAGAAAUUGUAUCUUCCUCUACGGACGCAAAACCAUGUAUAUGACAUUCAUUGAUAUAUAAUUCUUGAGAAAUACACUGCCAAAGUUUACCUCCACUAUAGAUCUUCAUAGCUGAGUACAUAACUACAGAAUGCAAACUCUGGAAUCAAAUUUUCUUGUUUGAAUCCUGGGGCCCUAUCAUGUUAAAAUACAAAUAC